GCCAAAGCUUCCCAGCCCUCCCUCUGUGCUCAGUCCAGAGUGGAGACCAAAAGAGGGCUGUGUGCCGGGUCCGAUGAGGAUGCUGCUGGUCAUCCUGGCGGCGGGAUCCCUAGUCGGAAGUGCAGAACCGACGUGGGCUGAGGAACCGGUGACGGAUUUGAGGAGGAAAAGGAAUGAGUGGGCGAGAGGAGACAGAAGAUCUUGUUAGCCCUCAACGCCUCCUCAAAGAGAGGGGCCAGCCAAGGUCCACCCACACAACUUCAGGAAGCCAACUUGAGUUCCCUCCUGAAACGUGGCGCCCACUUCCACCCAACCUGGGCCCUUCACCACCCAAGCAUGUCCCAACCUCAGCCACUCACCUCCUGCAAACCCACAUGCGCCCCCAGGACACGGACCCUAACCAGCAACCCUCCCACUGCAGACCCUAGCCAAGCCCACCCCCAGACACACCCUGGCCUUCUCUCAAAUCCCACCCUCUCUCUUGCCUGCCCUUGACCUCACCACCUCGACAAAAGCCACCAUUGAGCUCGGACUUCAAGUGCACUCCCUCCCUCAACUUAAGACCCAGCCCUGAACCAUGCCCCUCCCUCCAGAACAGACCCCAAUUCUGCCCGGACUCGGGUCCAAACAAGGUACCAGCCACAACUCGAGUCUCGGCACACAUCCAUCACGUUGGCUAGAGGCAGAAGGAACCCCCUGGUGCCCUAGGCCCCGUUCUGGGGGCUCCAGGAAGCCUGGAACACAAAGAGUUCUGCAGCUGCUGGGCCUGGUCAACCCAGAUUGAAAGAGGAAUGUGGCCUUAGGUUUAACAUGUGGAUGCACAGCAGGGUUGGACUGUCCUAAUAUACUUCCCCUUCCCCACAAAUGCCUCCCUUACAGAAAUACUGUGUGUAGACUUGGGGUGGAGGGGUGAAUAACCCUCCACUCCCUCACACUCUGGACCUGCUGGUGCACACGGUCACGGGGGAGUGGGGGAAGGGAGGUACACACACAUCAUACCAAAGACACGUGUACCCUCAGACCUCAAGGCCUUGACUCAACCGGAUCUGCACCUGUUUAUUUCCCACCCCCGUCAACCUCUGAGCACGCGCAGAGCCAGCUGCCGACUCUGGCCGCCAUUUUCGUGCGCUCUCUUCCUUUCCGCAGACCGAGCUAGGAGGGCUGAGAGAAGAGAUUGGUAAAUCAAGGGCUCUCAUUUACAGUGAAGAUUGCUUUGGGGGCAAUGCCCCCUCCCGGCUCCUCUUCUUGGGGCGCUGGCCUUUGCUGCCCCUUCCUUGCCCCACUGUAUCCACCCCACAAGCAGCCUAACGCUGUGAUGGGCAUUGCAGGCCGCCUCUCUGAGCCUCAGUUUUUCUCAUCCAUUAAGUGGGCAUAAUGAUAGUACCUGCCUCAUCAGGUUGUCAGGAGGAUUUGAUAAGGAGACUUAGCCCGGUGCCCGGCACUUUACGUGCAUUUCAGACAUGUCAGCUGCUGCUGUGGUCAUUAUUGUUUAUCUUUAGGUAAGUCCAAUUAUUCCCAUUUUAGAGCUGAAGAAAUUGAAGUUCUAGCUGCUUAAACAGCUUCCCCAAGGUCAUGCUGCCCAUAUGUAGCCUCAGUCAGAAUCCACCUCCUACGAAAUCCGUGUGGCAGGGGAAGGUGCCUUUGCCCUCCUCAGAAGGAAUGUGGAGGGUGGGCAGGGAUUGGUUCAAGCAGCAGAGAGGCAGGAAUUCACAGACAUCUUCUCCACCGUUGUCCGAAAUUACUGACUCUGGGCAAGUUACUUCUUCGACAGUCAACAUUUAGUUGAAUACCUCCAAAAUAUUCCAUUGGAUGGGCUUCCCUGGUGGCGCAGUGGUUGGGAGUCCGCCUGCCGAUGCAGGGGACACGGGUUCGUGCCCCGGUCCGGGAAGAUCCCACAUGCCGCGGAGCGGCUGGGCCUGUGAGCCAUGGUCGCUGAGCCUGUGCGUCCGGAGCCUGUGCCCCGCAACGGGAGAGACCACAGCAGCGAGAGGCCCGCGUAUCGCAAAAAAAAAAAAAAAAAUUCCAUUGGUGAGGACGCUAACUUCAGAUGGUGUUGAGAAAUGAAUGAACACAACAGCAUGUGUUGGCAAGGCUAUGGAAUCAUUGCACCACUUAAACUUUGCUGGUGGGAAUAGGAGAUGGUGCAGCUGCCGCUUUGGAAAACAGUUUGGCAGGUCUUCAAAAAGUUCAGCAUACGAUCACCGUACGACCCAGAAAUCCCACUCCUAGCUGUAUACCCAAGAGGACUGAAAACAUGUGUCCACUUAAAGACUUGUGCACAAACGUUCACAGCAGCAUUAUUCAAAAUAGCCAAAAAGUGGAAACAACCCAAAUGUCCAUCGACUGAUGAGAAGAUGAACAGAAUGUGGUCUAUCCACGCGGUGGAACAUGGUUCAGCCAUAGAAGGAAAUAAGUGCCCAAUUCAUGCUGUAAUAUGGAUGGGCCUUGAAAACAUGAUGUUCAGUGAAAGAAGCCAGACACACGAGGCUGCAUACUGGAGGCCUCUUUACAGGAAUGUCCACGCAGGCAAAUCCACCGACGAAGCAGAUUAUUGGCUGCUGAGGCUGGGAGGAGGGGAGGGGUGGGAGUACUGCUCACGGAUACAAGGUUCCUUUGUGGGCGAUGAACACAUCCUGGGACUAGAUUAGCCGCAACAGUUGCACAAUUUUGUGAAUAUAUUAGGAAACCACAGAAUUGUAUGCUCUAAAGUGGUGCAUCUCAUGGAAUGAGAAUCAUAGCUCAGUACCAAGGAAAAAAGAAGUGAAGGGGAGCGGGGCUGGUCAGUUAGCACAUUCUCCGCUGAGUGAGUGCUGGCUUGCCCCUCAGGGCGGGCAGCUUACUACAGGGCUGGGGCAGGGUCUUUGUGCCCUUCUGCUCACCCUUCUCUCACUUUCUGCAGCUCACUUCGCUGAGGACACCUCAGAUCUUCUUCAGCACGUGAAAUUCCAGUCCAGCAACUUUGAAAACAUCCUGACGUGGGACAGCAGGCCGGAGAGUGCCCCAGACACCGUCUACAGUGUGCAGUAUAAGACUUAUGGAGAGACAGAGUGGCAGGCAAAGGAGGGCUGCCAGCGGAUCACCCGGAAAUCCUGCAACCUUACCAUGGAGACAGGCAACCUUACGGAUUUCUACUACGCCCGGGUCACCGCCAUCGACGCGGGAGGCCAGUCCGCCACUAAGAUGACCGACCGGUUCAGCUCACUGCAGCACACUAUCAUCAAACCACCUGAUGUGACUUGUAUCCCCAAGGUGAGAUCCAUCCAGUUGAUUGUCCAUCCCACCUACACGCCCAUCCACACAGGGAAUGGCCACUGGCUAACCCUGGAGGAUAUCUUCCAGGACCUGUUCUAUCACUUAGAUCUGCACAUCAACCACACCUACCAAAUGCACCUUGGAGGCAAGCAGAGAGAAUUUGAGUUCUUUGGCCUGACCCCUGACACGGAGUUCCUUGGGACCAUCGUGAGUUUAGUUCCAACCUGGUCCAAGAAGAGCAUCCCCUACAUGUACCGAGCGAAGACGCUGCCAGAUCAGACGUGGACCUACUCCUUUUCCGGCGCCUUCCUGUUCUCCAUGGGCUUCCUGGUCGCAGGGCUCUGCUACCUGAGCUACAGAUACAUCACCAAGCCGCCUCCGCCUCCCAACUCCCUGAUGUGGCUGGCAACUCCCCCGGUGUGCGGAAGAGAUCUAGGGAGAAGGAAGACAAGGCAUGGAAUAGAAAACCCACCUGGCUUCAAGGGGGCGCACACCCUGUCUGAACCGGCAGCCCAGGAUGUCCAGCACGUACUGACCUUCCAGCCUCUGCAGUUCAUCCAGGAGCACAUCCUCAGCCCCGUCUUUGACCUCAGUGGCCCGAGCGGCCUGGCGCAGCCUGUCCAGUAUUCCCAAGUCAAGGUCUCCGGGCCCAUCGAGCCUCCAGGAGCCCCACCGCGACACAGCCUGUCUGAGGUCGCCUACCUUGGGCAGCCGGACCUCUCCAUCCUCCGGCCCUCUGGCGGGCCACCUCUCCAGACACUCCCCCCACUGCCCUAUGCCCCCCAGGCUGCCCCUGAGGGCGGGCCCCUGUCCUAUGCACCUCAGGUAACCCCCCAAACUAAACCCCCCUCCUACACUCCCCAGGCCAUCUCGGAGGCCCAGCCUCCUUCCUACACCCCUCAGGCCACUCCGGACAGCUGGCCUCCUUCCUACGGGAUAUGCGGGGAAGGCUCUGGCAGAGACCCCCCACCUAUGACACUCUCUGGUCCCAAACACCUCGGAACUAGAGGUCAGCUCCAGAAAGAGGCACCAGCUGGAAGCUGCAGCCCAGGUGGCCUUUCUCUGCAGCAGGUGACCUCCUUAACUAUGGAGGACCCCCAAGAAGUAAAAUCCUUCCACCAGCAUCUGGGGGUUCACACGGACAGAGAACCUGACUCUGAUGUCGUACGCAGAGGAGAGCCAAGGACACGAAGCUAUGUAAAGGGCCAGCUGCCCCUCCUCUCCUCUGUCCAGAUCGAGGGUCACCCCGUGUCCCUCCCUUUGCAGACUGCUUCCCGCCCAUGUUCCCCCACAGACAAGGGUCCGAGUCCCUGGGGCUUGCUGGAGUCCCUCGUGUGUCCCAGUGAUGAGGGUCCAACAACCGAGACUGAGGCCCAGAGCCCAGGCCCUCGGGCCCCAGACCUGGAGUCGCCCAUGGAGCUGGACUCUCUGUUCAGAGGCCUGGCCCUGACGGUGCAGUGGGAGACCUGAGCGGGAACAGGGUGAGCCUGGGGCUUCUUCCUGUCCCCACCCUCACCUCGCAUCCUUGGCCGUCACUCCCGCACCCAGCGGCGCUGCGCACUCUGCAGCCCAGCCCCGGGUGAAUGCCCUUGAGGAACCAGCAGAAGGAGGAUGCCGGACCCCUGCCGUGGCUGAGCUCCCUUUGGAGAAAAAGGCAUGAGAAGGGCUCCAGCCAGAGAAGUUACAGAAGCGCCUCAUAUACAAACAAGCGAGUGCAAAUGAGCAUGUGCUCGCCAAGUUCUGCAGGGCAGGAUGGGCAGUCAGAGUGCAGGAGCUAACAUGGGGAACCUCCCGGAGAUCCAGGGCCCAGGAUCCUAAUACGCUGGACGCAAAGUUCUCCAUGAGCCUACCUCUCUUCAUUCCUGGCCACUUUCAUAAUCUAGUUCAGCAGCGUGAGGCCUCUGCCUCCUCUGUGGUUCCCCAAAGGUGAGAAAAGGAGCCUGAAAAAGGACACCUCAUAGCAGACUGGGCAGAACCAGAACAACCUGCACUUCUGCCAAGUCCAGAGGCAGCCUGAUGGCAAGAUUCCAGGGAGGGGUGCGGCCUGCGACUCAUCCCCAACCAGGGCUGCUGCCUGGAAUUGCACCAUUUCCGUUUCAUUCCUCUGCUAGAGGCUUUAUCCCAAGUGAAAUGCAGGUCCACCAGGGAGGGAGAACACAGAAGCCUUUUCUGUCGGCAGGAGUUUCAGACCCUAUCCUGGCAGCGGGGUUUGAAAGGAACAUGGGGCCGUGGGGCAACUGAAGGAGACACAACUACAAACUGUACCUACUUCACAACUUUGGAAACUCAGCCUUGGAUUCAGCCCACCUGGGUUCAAAUUCCGGACUUAGUACUUAAAAGCCAUGUGACUUCAAGCAAAUGAAUCACUCAAAAUCUCAGUUUCCUCAUCCGUGUCAUGGGGAUAAUAACACUGACCUCACAGGGUUGUGGUGAGGAUGAAAUUAAAUAAUGCCGGCAAAGUGUUUCAUAGCGCCUGGCUCAUGGGCAGUGCCCAAUAAAA